AUGAAUGGCAACUCGCGCGACCAGUCAGUUCAUGCCAUUAGCAAGAAACCGUUGAAGGGAGCUUGGAAACCCCACCAUGACAGGGCGCGAGACGGCAACAGUGUAGCACACAGACGUGAUGACAACAGAGACCGAGGCAAGACGUGUGGCUCCUGUGGAAAUAAACAGCAUGAUAGAGAUAACUGCCCGGCGAAAGGAAAGCAAUGUAAGAUCUGUAACAAGUGGAACCACUUCGCUAAAGUUUGUCGCUCUAGGAGUAGGAAAGAAGUCCACACAGUGAGUGAAGCCAGAGCGCAACACAGUAGUGAUUCAGACAGUGAGAAUGGAUUGUUUAUCGAUGCCGUGACACAGAAAAGCAGCGCUCAUGACAGAGAACAAGCAUUCGCUAGCCUGCUGGUCGGACCAAAACAAAGUACAGUCAAAUUCAAACUGGAUACCGGUGCUACUGCCAACGUCAUUCCCACACGCGUCUUCGAUGGCUUGGGAAUACACGACGUGCUUCAACCUUCAACACGCCCUCUCUAUGGGUACGGUGGUGAACAGCUCGUCGUCAGAGGCAAGUGCAACAUGAAGUGUCAGUACAAAGACAAACACAUGACUUUACAGCUGCAUGUAGUUGACACACACGCACCACCAGUGUUAGGCUUAAGAGCAUGCCUUGAUUUUGGACUGAUUGAACUAAUCCUAUCUGUGUCUAACCAACCCGAACAACCAGUAAUGGAGGAGUUUGCAGAUGUGUUCAAGGGAAUAGGUCUGUUUCCAGGGGAAUGCACCAUCCACAUUGACCCCGACGCUGUGCCUGUAGUCCAUCCACCACGGCGCGUCCCUGUGGCACUGAGAGAUCGCCUACAGAAGGAGCUACAGAGCAUGGAGAGGCAAAAUGUCAUCACAAGAGUCACCGAGCCAACCGAAUGGGUCAACUCCAUGGUAGCAGCAGAAAAACCCCGCACAGGCAAGCUGAGGAUAUGCCUAGACCCUCGCGACUUGAACAAGGUAAUCAAACGUCCACACUACCCAUUACCAACACUAGAUGACAUCACAGCUAGGCUCACUGGAGCAAACUACUUCAGUGUGAUGGACGCAAAGUCAGGCUACUGGGCUAUUAAGCUCACAGAGGAGUCUUCACUGUUGACCACUUUCAACACAGUGUUUGGGCGCUACAGGUUCCUCCGUCUUCCCUUUGGCCUGAAAUCAGCUCAGGAUGAAUUUCAGAGGAAGGUGAAUGAGACCUACGAGGACCUGCAGGGCGUCAUGGCAAUAGUAGACGACAUCCUCAUCUAUGGAAAGACCAAGCAGGAGCACGACGACAACCUGCGUGCAAUGCUGCAACGUUCCAGAGAACGAGGGGUGAAGCUGAACCCAGAGAAGAGCAUCGUCUGCGCUACAGAAGUCAGCUACUUUGGUCACCUCAUCACCAAAGAUGGAGUCAAGCCAGACCCUGCCAAGAUCGCCGCUGUGAGAGAAAUGAAGCCGCCGAAAGACAAAGGUGAGCUAGAAACCAUCCUCGGCAUGAUAAACUAUCUGGCCAAGUUUGCUCCAGGACUUGCGAGCAUCAACGCACCACUACGUCACCUGUUGAAAGAGUCCAGUGAGUUCAUCUGGGAUACGCAGCACGAGGCAGCUUUCCAGAAGAUCAAAGACCUCAUCACACGCGAACCAGGUCCAGUGUUGACAUACUUCGAUCCCGACAAAGCACUCACACUGCAAGUCGACGCCAGCAAGUACGGCCUAGGUGCAGUAUUACUACAAGACGGCAAACCCAUCGGAUAUGCGUCGAAAGCCCUCACUGAGUGUGAAGUCAACUACGCUCAGAUCGAGAAGGAGCUCUUCGCCAUACUCUUUGGAUGUAAACGCUUUCACCAGUACGUUUAUGGUCACCACAUCACCGUCGAGAGCGACCACAAGCCUCUUGAGUCGAUCGUCCGCAAGCCACUCGCAGCAGCACCACCAAGACUGCAACGCAUGUUCCUACAGCUGCAGAGGUACGACUUCACCAUCGUCCACAAGCCAGGCAAAGACAUUCCUGUAGCAGACACGCUAUCCAGAAAGUCAUUGGAAGACCAGGAUGACAGCCUGAGUGAAGGUAUGGACAUGCAAGUACACCUGCUUUAUGAUAACUUACCUGUGAGUGAUGAAAAACUUAAGUUAAUCCAAACAGAGACUGACAAAGAUCCACAGCUCAGACAACUGAAGAGAACAAUCGCAGAGGGAUGGCCUGAGCAGAGGAGAAGGUGCCCUCCGAGCAUCGCUGAGUUCUGGAACCACCGAGACGAGCUCACACAGAUUGACAACAUCAUCUUCAAAGGCAUGAGCAAGCAGAUAGACGAGAUGAUCGGGAAGUGCCUCAUCUGCCUGGAGAACAGACGCUCCAACACCAAAGAGCCCAUGCUGAGUCACAAGAUCCCUGAGAGACCGUGGCAAACCGUUGCAUCUGAUCUGUUCAUGUGGAACAACGACCACUACAUCAUCACAGUGGAUUACCACAGCAGAUACUUCGAGCUUGACAAGCUAACCACCACCACAGCUUCUGCAGUCAUACACAAGCUCAAAGCAACAUUUUCCAGACAUGGAAUACCAGAGACUCUCAUAUCCGACAACGCCCCGCAGUAUAAGUGCAAGGAGUUUGAGGAUUUUGCCAGCGCGUGGGAGUUUACACACACCACCACAAGCCCACACUAUCCUCAGAGCAAUGGCCUCGCUGAGAAAGCAGUGCAAAUCGCAAAGACUCUGAUGAACAAGGCCAAAGCUGACAAGCGAGAUCCCUACUUGAGCCUGCUCGAGUACCGCAACACACCUGUGGACAACCUCGCAUCGCCAGCUCAACUGCUCAUGAGUCGUCGCCUAAGGUCAGUAAUUCCAACCACGCACACUCAACUUCAGCCGAAGGUCAUCAGCCAAGCACAAGUCCACAGUCGACGAGUACAUCAGCAACAACAGCAGAAGAAGUACUACGACAGAACGGCCAAGCAUCUUCCACCACUGCAUGAAGGUCAACGCAUCCGUUUCCAGGAACACGGACACUGGAAGCCUGCGGUAGUCAUCAGACCAGCCGACACAGAUCGUUCCUACCACAUCCGUGCUGCUGAAGGUCAGGAGUACAGGAGAAACCGGCGACAUCUCCUGCACACCAAGGAAGAUCAUCACACCCACACUGACGAGCAUACACUAGACACUGCACAGCACACAGAAGCCAACCCGUUACCUACCACAGCAGAGACAGCCCCUGCCUGCACUGUCUACAAGACAAGGUCUGGACGAGUCAGCAAGCCCAGAAAUGUUUUGGACUUGUGAUCGACAAGGGUGCACGCCGAACGCUGCCCUUACACACAAACACACACACAUACACACUAUUCACUUGUGAUCGACAAGGGUGCACGCCGAACGCUGCCCUUACAACCAGACACACACACGCAUGCACACACGAAAGAAAGAAAGGGUGAACGCCGAACGCUGCCCUGAUGAAAAAAAAAAAAAAAAAACACUUUGCAUUACACACUGAUAUGAAGAACAAGAGAGGACUUGAACACUUUGUGCAAUGGACACU